AUGUCUAGCAAGAGGUUAAAUUUACCAUAUACGACUCAGGACUUGUUUCCUCAAUCAAUAUCCACAUCACAAUCCAAAACUCCCAAUUCAACAAGAGCAGGUUCAAUAAUAUCAACACCAUCAUCAUUUUAUAUACCACGACCUAAUUUACAUCAUUAUAAUUCCAAAACAUAUAAAUCAUCAUUUAAAAAAGCUACAAAUUUUUUCACAAAUAUAAAAUUUAAAAAUUUAAAAAUAAUGACAAAAAGAUUAUUUAAACCAAGUACAUUAGAUUUUGAAACUGCAAUAUGGGAAAUUUUUCAUUUAAUUAUAAAUCCAAGAAAAAUGUAUAGAUCUCAUUAUUAUUAUAGACAACAACAACAUCAUCAACAACCAUUACAACAAUCUUCACAAUCUUCUUUACAAUCUCAAAUACAAGAUGAAAGAAAUUCUUAUACUAGAGAAGAUCCUUCAUUUUUAAUUUUAAUAACUGGAUUUUUAUCAAUAAGUGCAAUAGCUUGGGGAUUAGCUUAUUCUCCUACUUUUUUAGACAUUUUGAAAUUAAUCAUAUAUAUGGUAUUUAUUGAUUUUUAUUUAUUUGGAUUUAUAAUAUCUACUAUAACUUGGAUAAUAACAAAUAAAUUAUUUAAUUUAGAUAUGAAUAAAUAUUCAGUGAAUUAUAUAGAAUGGGGAUUUUGUUUUGAUAUUCAUUGUAAUUCAUUUUUAAUUAUAUGGUGUUUAUUAUAUGUUUUACAAUUUAUAUUAUUACCUAUUAUAAGAAUUAAAAAUUCAAUUAUUGGAUUAAUUAUUGGGAAUUCUUUAUAUUUUGGUAGUAUUGGUUAUUAUUUUAUUGUUACAUUUUAUGGAUUUAAUUCAUUACCUUUUAUAACUUCAACUAUUGUUAAACUGAAUUAUAAGAAUCCUGCAAGAGUAUUACAAAUUAUUGUUGUUGGUUGUAUAUUACCAUUUUUGGCUUUAGUUUGGUUAAUUACUAUUUUAUUUAGGAUAAACGUUGCUGAGAAAAUGAUAAAUACUUAUUUUAAUUAA